AUGGCUAUCGAUUCCAAGCGCAAGUUGUCUCAUGUCCAUGUACUGUUGGCUACUCUAGCGCUACUGAUCUGCGCCAGUGAGGCAUUGAGUGUUAUUAAUGCCAACAAGCUAAUCCGCUCCAGUGUUCCGUCCCGUCGGCGUCAUACGUUCGGUAGGCGCUUGAGGGCGACGGUAGAUGAUACCGACACCAAUUACGACUUCGAAGAUAGAGGCUUCACCGGUAUCACGAAGAUAAAAGACUUCACUCAAGCUGGAACGAAGAAACUGCAGAAGCUCGCUGAGUCUGCCAAGACGAAGUUGACCUCCAAGCCCACUGUUGACCAAAGCUUCAAGCAGUUCAAAGUUCAUAAAGUCAAGUCGAAUGUGUUCGAAAGCAAACAGUUUCAAGCCUGGGCCAAGUCUGUAGCGAAAGCUACCAAGAACAAUCAGGACGCAGCUGACACUGCGAUGCUCGCGACGCUGGCGACCCACUAUGGCGAUGAAACCCUUGCAAGUAUAAUAGAUGCUGCAAAGCUGGUGACGAGUACAAAAUCGAUGGCCACUAGGCUGGAGAAUAUGCAGAUAAAGCAAUGGAUGGAUGAUGGGGACGCACAACUGAAUAAAUGGGCGGCUGAUGGGAAAACUGGCGACGUCGUGUACAAGUUUUUAAGGAUUGACACGGAAGGCAGUAAUUUGCUUAAAAGUCCCAAGCUGAAAACGUGGAUGAAUUACAUGACAAAGCUGCACAAGGAUCCAUAUGACGUUCUACUUUACAAGCUAAAACCGCACUAUGAUGACGCAGGACUAGCGAAAAUGCUUGUUUUGUCCAAGAAAGAUUCAGCAGCGAAAACGGUCGCUGAGAAGUUGGAGACGUUGCAAUUUGAAAAGUGGAAGAACAAUGAAAAAAGUGUGGCCGACGUUUUCAAGUUUCUGAAAUUAAAUGAAGACAGCACGACACUUCUGAAAAACCCAGUGUUAAACACUUGGGUCGCUUAUGUGGAAAAGUUGAACAAGAACCCCUACGAAUUGCUGUUUUCGGCGAUCAAGAGUAAGGGCUUCGACGAUGUUGAGUUGGCGAAGCUGAUCACUGCAGCGAAGCAAGACAUGCAUACUGGGGCAAUUGUUGGAAAACUGGAGCAAGUACAAUUCCAGAAAUGGGCGAGAGAUGGGAAAACCAGUGGAGAUCUCUUUAAGUAUCUAGGGCUCUACAAAGCAGGGGACAAGUUGCUUGAGAGUCCAUUGUUGAACAAUUGGCUCUCCUACAUGCAAAUGCUGAGGAAGGAUCCCUAUGCGCAGUUAGUCUUUACAAUCAAGAAGUCAGGCUUCGACGAGAUAGACUUGGCAAAGAUUAUUAAUACGGCGAAGCAAGACCCCAAAACCAGUGCUCUUGCUGGACAAGUGGAGAAACUACAGCUCGAUAAAUGGUCGGCCGAUAUGAAAAGCAGCGAAGAUAUCUUUAAAUUUCUUCGACUUGACAAAGAAGGAGACAAGGUGUUUGAGAGCCCAGUAUGGGGCACUUGGGCCGCUUACCUCAACAAGCGGGAAAUUGACCCAGAUGCAGAUUUGGUGAUGUUCAAUAUUCUGAGAAACAAAUUUGGUGACGAGGGACUAGCAAAUAUGGUUACGAAAGCGAAACAGGUUGAGAGUACCAGAGAGGUCGCCGAAAAGUUGCAGCUGGAACUUUGGCGUGCGAAUGCACAUAGCUCAGAUUACAUUUUCAAUCUUCUCAAAUUGAACGAGAAGGGCAACAAGAUUCUAGAGAGUCCGGGGCCAUUAAGCACGUGGGUGGCUUAUGUGCGAAGGGUGAACAGCUUCAAUAGCAACCGAGGAAAAUUCCAACCUAUCCUACUGUUGGAGAAGCGUUUCGGAGAGAAGGAGCUAGCACAAAUGUUUGUCAACUCGAAAUCUCGACACUAUGCAAGCAAGCCCGGCAUUAUCGAGAAUUUGCAAGAGUGGCAAUUCAAAAAGUGGAUGGUUCAAAAGAAAAAACCCGGUGACGUCAAUAAGAUGUUCCCAUCGGAAGACCUGACCAGCUUGCAAAUUAAAUAUGAGUUCAAGAACUUCUACAAGGAGAAUGUCGACACACUGAUGAUUUAGACAGAGUCCAGUUCCAGUUUUGAUUGACUAGCUAGCUUUAGAGCUUCUUAAAUUCAGUACCAGCCAGCACUUAAAAUGUUUUGGUCGUGCUUCGGCGAGACCAAUAGCUUUUUUG